UUUAUUGACUAACUUGCUCCCAAAUUUUAUCACAUUUUGUAUUCUUUAGCUGCAGUAAAGUUACAGUGCAAUUUUUUCGCACAAUGAAACCUUGUGUUGUAUUUCUGGUUUUGCUCGUACUUUUGUAUUUUUCGGACGCAGUUCCACAUAAAAGAGAAACCUUCUGCCAAGACAACCGAUGUUUGACUUGCAUUGGCCGUUAUUGCACCACAACAUGCGAAGGAGAAGAUUGCAAAAAGUGUCCUUUGGGUGACUGUUGCGAUGGUUCGAAAUGCAAUAUUUGCAGAGGCGCCAAAUGUUGCGAAACAUCAGAGUGCAAUAGCUGCGUUACUGCAUGUUUGAAGAAAUGCAUAGGGGAGUCGACUUGUCACUAUGACUGUUUCCAAGAAUGUCUACCUAACGGAAGUGGUCCAUCACACGAGAAUAAGACGACCUACUAUGGAACACCGUUGGUAAAUAACUACAACUAUCUGCCAGUUAAUGUUACCACAAUUAUCAACAUAACUAACUCACUUUACAACGAUAAUGCGAUCAAUAACCCAAUUUUUAUAAACACAACAAACCUUAAUAAUUAUACAGGAGAGCAAAACACCUAUCAUCGCAAACAAGUGAUUCUUGGUGAUAAUAACAGUGAAAAGCAAAAUGAAACGCUAGUACUUUUUGACGCUCAGGAGGGAACAAACACCAAACAAAAUUGCUGCGAAGUGGUACAUCCUGAACUUUGUAAAACAGUACCAAGAGAAAGCAGUCGUUUGUGUUUUACAGGAAAACACAACGAGUGUUCACAAAUUUGUAUCGGAAAACAUGUUCACAUAGUUGAAGACAAAGAACAAAAACAUCAGUGUGUGUCGAUUGCACACAAUCCAUAUUUCUUUUGCGGCCUUUAUGUUGUUGAAAAUUGCGAUGGUUGUUACGACUGCAAGAAUCUUGAAAAUGAAAGUGAUCCUAAAUGUAGUGAAGAAUCGGCUUGUUCCGAGAAAUGCAAGGCUUCCAUGAUUGAUGAACAGUUCUAUAACAGACUAUACAGAAAAGAUUGAUUUUUCAAGUUGUAAUUAUGUAGGGAGGGAAACCCGUAUUAAAACGUUUUUAGAACAAUAUGUUUUUUUAAUAGUGUAAAAAUAGUAAUUAAAGUCUUACACAUUGAA